CCCGGUAGCUGGAGGCCCAGCACGAACGAGAACAGGCCUUGGGUCUGAAGUGGUUGCAUGCGCCUGUGUUCGGCCUAGUAUCCGUAUCCAGCCCAGGGCCUGCUUUCCAUACAUUCACACAGGCGGCCCAGGGCUUGGAUUCUUUCAACGAACUGGCGCUAAAAGCCACUAUGGACAAACUCCUGCAGUGUCCCAAUCAUCGUCUCACUUCCACACAGAUCUUGAACUUUGCACGAGCACUUCAUGAACCUCAUCGAUCUCAACUGUAUGCCCAAACCAAGGAAGAGGGCAUGCCAUAUGAGAAGUUUAGUAAGAUAGCCGUAGACCUUGUCGGCUUCCUCCAAGAGGCAAACUAUUGCCAUUAUUGGAAGGACAUGCAAAAAGGAGGUCGUUGGAAGAAGAGAACAGUAGUCGGUAGUAUAAAAGGGAAAGCUAGUCUUCUGGUCUCAUUUGAAGGCGGAGUCGUCGAAGAACUGGCUUAUGAAGAUAUAGAUUACGGACUGGAAGACACAAGGAGCAACCAAAUGGCCGAGGGGACUAUUCGGCUGCUGCAGCCCACGCGGGAGGGGGACAAGGAGGAAGAGGAGGCUGAGGAAGGGGUGGAGGCCGAGGACGUGGCUCCUACGGGAGUAAUAGAGAAGGUAGCUAUUACACGGGAGGUAGGGGUAACAGUUCCUCGCAAGGUGGACGUGGUUCCUCCUCUACAAGAGGAAGAGGAGGGGAUGGAUGAAAUACGCUGGUACAAGUUUGGUUAUGGGGGAGGUGCCAAUGGGAAAGAUGUGUUGAAAGGCUUUGAGAAAGGCGGAUCCUGUCUUGGUGAGACGCCACCAUGGAAGCAGCCUGGUAAAUCCCCAGCUUGUUCGACAGCUGAAGAUUUGCUGCGUGCUCAUCUUCUGCUACAAACUGAUGGACACCUGAGUGCAUGGAGGCUUCUGGGAGUGAACUUGCAACACAGACAACCAUUCCGGUCAGAGGUCGAUGGCCUAGUCGGGGAACUUAGACCCAAUUUGGUAGACCAGGUGCUGCCGGUUUCUCAUGUGCACCAGCAGGCAUCCAAGCAGCAGCAUAUGGCUGGUGGCAAUCCGACGGGGUUGUCACCGUUGUCUUCUUUGUAUGAUCAAACUGGCAUUGAUGAUGGGAAUGGCCUCUUUUUGUGGUUGUUCAUGCAUCGGGCUUCACUAUGCCAGGAUCUUCAGUGCCCGUCCAUCCAGGCAGCCAUUUCCCAUCUCGCUUUGGUUGAUGAAGGUGUAUGGAGAUCAUCCGAAAGUAAUGACGAGGUGGCCAUUUCAUUGUUUCUUGCUCUUCAGAACCGAAUUGAAAGGGCUCUCGUUGGUCUGUCGUAUGUACGAUUUGGGGACUUCUUUGUGCGCUGCAAACCAGCUGCAGGGGUUGAUUUACCACCAAGGGGGGUGUUACCCCCUGAGAUGACUGAGGAAGACUUGUCAGUGCUCAGGUACCGAAGAGGAUGCUGGAGUCAACCUGAACAUGUUCUGACUAGUCAAUGUCGGUCUAAAGUGUCUGGUGGCGGGAGCAUCGUGGAACUCGCUAAGAAUCCGUGUACGCAAGUAAGGCUCACUCGGUUUGCAAAGAAGGUCGUUCCCCCGUGUGUGGACAAGCAAGUACCCCUCUUGGAUCCGGUAGUGAGAAGGCGCCGGAUUAGGAGAGGAGCAAUUCGUGUACUUGUCGCGAAACUCGGGGUCGGCUUGGUAGCCGCGGAUGAAGCUGCCCCACAGGUCGUUGUCGAUCUCGAAGGUUGAAUAGACCGCGGUACAAUGAUCCGGACGACGUGAAAGAGCAUCCGGAAAACGGUUCAACCUCCCCAGAAUGUGAUCAGGAAAGAAGUCCAACUGGUCAAUGAAAGCCAUCCAUCAAG